AUACUUUUUUUCAGUAAAAUGUGAAUAUGGCAAACCUCUUUUUGCGAAGAAACAUCAAAUCAACAAUUGUUUCUUGAAAGAAAGUGACAUUUGCGUACGAAUAAAGUGAAGUUUAUAAUUAUUUAUAUUGUUUUAAAAUUUAAAAAAAUGGAUGCAAAUUUAAAAAAUGAUGGCUCAUUGAAACGCAAAAAUCGCAUGCUGAAUUUCACAACGCUGGAGAAGCGCCAACUUGUGAAUUGCGUUAAGGAGUGGCCCAGGAUCUGGGAUAUUAGCAACACAGUGCAUUGUAAUAAAAAUGCAGUAAAUCAAUCCUGGCUCCACAUAAGCAAUGCCCUUGAUAAAAGUGUGGAUGAGUGCAAAUCAGCGUGGAUUAGUAUGCGCGAAAGCUAUCGCUACCAUGCUAGGAUAGCUAAUAAGAACAAAAGUGGCAGCGAUGGUGGGGAAGUUUUGGAAACUCCAUCCUUUUCAGAAAACGUUGAUUGGGAGUUUGCGGAGGAAAUGUAAUUUUUGAUGAAUGUUUCCCACAAACGGAAGUAAGUCUGCAUAAUUUGAACGCUCGCCAAACAAUGAAUUUUUUUCUGUAGAACUUUCACAACUCCAGUAUCUUUCGGAGAAGAUUCGCAUGCAUCACCAAUAUAUAUCGGCGAGGAUUCUAAUGUGUCACAAACAAGUGCAACCGACUCACAGCACUCAUACGAUUAUAACCCAACACCCACGAAACGAAGACGGCGAUUAACCUCUCCCAGCAAAAAUCAAGCGUGGAGUCGGUUUGAUAACAUACUCAAGAAGCAAGAGGAAAUGUUGGAAAGUCGCUCAAAUACCACACGCAGCUCCCCUUACGCACAAGCUCUUUCUAGUUUUGAUUGGUUGUUAAAUCAACUGCCUCGAUCUGUUGGCGACGACAUGUGUCUUUCCAUAAAUCUAAUGCUACUGAAAAAGGUUGAAGAACAUAAAAAUAAAAACAGAAGCAACG